AUGGCAGAUGCCUAUACAUCAGCAGAAGUGCUAGGAGUAGACCUGGCACCUAUUCAACCGCAAUGGAGCACAACCCCUGGUGGCUAUACCGAACUACAAUGCCUCCUUCCAGAAGCACAUUGCGACGAUGACAGCACACCCGCCGAUCAAGGUGUCCGAGAAUUCAGCGACAAAAUCUGUGACGCCUCUGAAAUUGCCGGCUGGUCGCUCCGAGAACCAAAGAAUUACAAAAAGUACAUGGAGAAUGCCGGGUUCGAGGACGUGACGGAAGUGCGCUAUAAGGUGCCCACAUCGUCGUGGCCCAAAGAUAAAAGGACAAAGAUGUUAGGUGCUCUUGAAAUGCAAAGUCUGCUUCAAGGAGCAUCGGCAUUCAGCCUAAGAGCCUUUUCCAGGGCGUAUGGCUGGACGCAAACGCAAACAGAAAUGUUUUUGGUGAAGAUGAGGAACGACGUGCGGGAUUUGAGAUAUCACACCUACUAUGAAUUGUGA